AUGCUCUUCCGUGACUCCAACGCGUCCACGUGCAUCAGCACCGCGGAGAUCCCUUACAUCCCCUCGCCGCCGGGACUCGGGGACUCCCGUUGCUCCCCUCUCCCCGAUUUCACGGCUCCCGUCUUCUCCGUCCUGCUGCUCGUCGUGGGAGGCCUAGGUCUGCUCGCCAACCUGGUCGAGGUGACUCUAAUGGCUGUGCAGUACCAACAUCAGCAGCAGAAGAAGAAGCACAUGCCCGUGACCUCGUCGCGCUCCCAAACGUGCAUCUUCAUGCUCAACCUGAGCGCCGCGGACUUUCUCGCGUCGAUCUGCGCGACUCCGUGGGCCCUCUACGUGAUCCACGGCUACGACUGGCGGCUGGGCGAGCUGGCAUGCGGCCUGGCCCUGUCCCUGUUCAGCGCCAGCGUGUACGGCUCCACGCUCUUCGUGCUUCUCAUCUGUGUGGAGCGCUACCUGGCCACCGCGCACCCUCUGGACUUCACGUCCCUCCGCUCGCGGCGAACGUCCCUCGUGAGCUCGUUCCUCGGCUGGGUGCUCGUUUCGCUCCUCGUGGCCCAUAACUUUUCCAACAUAGUCCACCGCGGGCCCGACCCGGGCCGAGAAGGCGCCUCCUACUGCGGCCUCUCGUUGACCACGGACCUCUCGAAGGCGAGGUCCUCCGUGGCCUUCUUCCUCUCGUUCGGCGCUACCACGGUGGCACCGUUGGCCGUCAUCAUCCCGUGCUACGCGCGCGUGGUCAGCGUGGUACUGCGCUCCGAACGCAUGCGGCGCGACCGACGCGGCCGCGCGCGUGCCCUGCGCUUGGUGACCGCCGUGGUCACCACGUUCCUCCUCACGUUCGUGCCCUUGCAGAUGUUCAUGCUGGGCAUGUACGUGGUCGCCUGGACGCGGCUGUCGUGCGCCGACCCGUGCCAAGCCGCGCGCGCCGUCAACGCCAUCAACGAGACCGUGAUGGUGCUGUCGGUGAUGAACGCUUGCACGGACCCGUUUGUGUACUUCAUGAAUGAGACGGAUCUUGCGGCCGCCUGGCUUCGUGGUGGUCGUGGCCCCAGUCUUCGUCGCCGCAGUGUUCUGUUAAGAAGGUUUCCGCUGUCCAGAGGUCUCGUGUGGGAUAAGAGGGUGGCGGAGACGGUCGGGGGUGCAGGAGUGGUGGCGAUUUCUUACGCUCAACGUGUUGGUGGUGGUUAUGGUGAUGAUAGCUGUGCAUCUCGCGUGAUGGAAAGACCCUGGAAUUAG